UGUGUCUUGGCUCCACUACACUGUGAGGGGAUGAAGAGACGGUCUACGUGGUAGAGCUGCUCAAGACCACCUUUACUUGCUUUGGUUGAUGGAGGAACAAGGAGCAACCCAAACAAGAAAUUGGUCAGCGGGUGCCUCUGCAGCAAAAAGUUAAGACAAAAGCUGAGUGAACAUGGACAUCGGAGGUUUGGAGACAGUGGUGGCCAACUCGGCCUACGUGUCAGCAAGAGGAAGCGUGGAUGGCGCGGCGGCGUCUACCCUGCGAGACAAAAAGAUGCGGGCCAGGCUGAAACUCCCACACAUCCGGGAUUGCCAACACAUGAAAGCGUCCGUGGGCAAAACCUUCGAUAGCAUGUGCGUCAACGAGCCCGUCGGCAAGCGGCUCUUCCAGCAGUUUCUGGAGAGUGACAUCGCCCACAAGACUGCCGGAGAGCUGUGGAAGGACAUUGAAGACUACCUCGUUUGCCAAGAAAAGGACCGAGUCCAGAAGGCUCAAAAGAUGGUCAAUAAAUACUACGAGUCGGCGUCAAAGAACUUCUGCAGUUUCCUGGAAGAGAAGGCUGUCACCCGAGUGAAGGAGGACUUCAAAAAUGUCCAAGGUGACUUAUUUAAAGAGAGCGAGAAACAACUCCUCAAACACCUGGAGACAAAGUCCAUGGACGCCUUCAAGCAGAGCAUGUACUUCCUGCGUUACGUUCAGUUCAAGUGGUUGGAGAGCCAGCCCGUCGACGAGGAGUGGUUCAUGGACUUCAGGGUCCUUGGCAAGGGAGGUUUCGGAGAAGUGUACGCUUGUCAGGCUAAGGCCACGGGCAAAAUGUAUGCCAAUAAAAAGCUGGAUAAAAAGAGGCUGAAGAAACGCAAAGGCUAUGAGGGUGCGAUUGUGGAGAAGCGCAUUCUUGCCAAAGUCCACAGUCGCUUCAUCGUGUCGCUGGCCUACGCCUUUCAGACCCAGACUGACCUCUGUUUAGUGAUGACUAUCAUGAAUGGCGGGGAUCUCAGGUUUCAUAUGUACAACGUGGACGAAAAAAAUCCCGGUUUCAACGAGAAGAGAGCUUCUUUCUACACAGCACAGAUCAUCUGCGGCCUGGAGCACCUUCAUCAGCACCGGAUCAUCUACAGAGACCUGAAGCCAGAGAAUGUCCUGCUGGAUGAUGCAGGACACGUCCGCCUCUCAGAUCUGGGCCUGGCUGUUGAACUUCCUCCAGGAAAAGACAAAACUACUGGCUAUGCGGGAACUCCCGGUUUCAUGGCUCCUGAGCUGCUCCAGAAAAAGGAAUACGACUACACAGUGGAUUAUUUCACUCUGGGAGUGACUCUGUUUGAGAUGAUCGCAGCCAAAGGACCCUUCAGAAUACGAGGAGAGAAGGUGGAGAAUGACGAAGUGGCCCGCAGAAUUUUGAACGAUCCGGUUCCGUACACGCCCAACUUUAGCAAGGACUGCAAAGCAAUCUGUGAAGGGUUGAUGGAAAAGGAUCCGGGGAAACGCCUUGGCUUCAAAAACAACGAGUGCGCUGAUCUCAAGCGUCAACCGUUCUUCAAGGAGAUUAACUGGGGUCGUCUUGAGGCUGGUAUGCUGCCUCCACCAUUUGUUCCUGAUCCCAGAAUGGUCUACGCCAAAGAUAUCGACGACGUGGGAGCCUUUAGCACCAUCAAAGGUGUGGUCAUGGAUAACAAGGAUACAGAGUUCUUCGCUGACUUCGCUUCGGGCAACGUUCCAAUCCCCUGGCAGGAGGAGAUGAUAGAGACGGGCGUUUUUGGAGAGUUGAACAUCUGGCCUGAGAACGGAAAGCUGCCUAAUGACCUUGACCCAAACUACGUGGAAGCCAAAGGUGGAGGGUGUGUGAUUCUUUAAAGUAGAAUGUUCUCCCCCCACCCCCCACCAUUGUAAUGGCUGGCAUUAAAGUGUGGAGGUGCACAAUAACAUGUCGAGGAAAUAGAUCAUUGUAGUAUUAUAGUACGGUACUCUCUGAAACUGUAUAUAAUGGUCACAUUAAUUUAACAUUGUUAAAAAAACCGUAGUGCUCAUAAACUUGUAAUUAUGUAUUUUAGUGUAAUAUAAGUUCCAUGUGUGGACUGUGUUAGCUUUAUAAGCAGUAUGUAUUCUGGUCUAAUGUGUUACAACUAAUGUAAUGGUGAUCGCCAGAAACACAAUGAAUUAAAAUCUUGCUAAGCAUAAA